AUGGAUGACGAUGUUUUCUUUCAACCACGCGAGAAGCGAGAAUCAUUCGAAUAUCCUUCAAGAGAAACACGAGUCGAUCGAGACCCUACAACAUCGACCAGAACCUUUUUUCCAAAUAAAACAGAAAAUGAAUCGCAAGAUGAAGAAUCGGUAGUGGAUGAAGAAAGUACCGCUGGUGAAUCUAGUGAGGAAAGUUUAAGCGAUGAAGACGAUACGGAUGAAGAGGAAGAGAAGAAAUUUGAAAAAGAGGAGAAAGAAGAAACCGACGAAAAAAGAUUGGUGUCCCGUGUAGAAAAAUCUAUAAAAAUAGAAGUUCAAGGCUCCUGUGAAACUGCGAUCCCUCUGAAACAAUCGAAGGCGCAAACGACUUUCACAGAAUCAGAAAAACCGAGUGUUGCGGGUACUCCGAGAAUUUCAAAAAAAUCAGUGGCUCCUGCCAGAUGUUUGAAUGCAAUCAAAGCUGAGCUUUCACAAAUUGAUGAAGUUCGACAUGGCAUACUUGUUCCGAAACUUUUUCUGAAUACACAAAGCAGAUCGAAUAAUGCAGUGUUAGCUAUAAAAAAAGAGCCCGGAACUGAAAAUCACACAAAUUCUAGUACACCUACUAUAACUAACGGUAGUUCUUUUUUGGCUCCGCAAUUAACUACAGAGAUUCAUGUACCAAAUUCUUCUAUAAUUGGUUUUAAAAAUAUGAUAACAAUGAAAGACCAUCCGAAGACUCCACCAAGUUCAUCCCGGCUGUCAACACCUAGACAAACGGGCGAAACAAAACAUAUCAAAAGCGUCCUGGGUGAAGAACCUCUCAAAGAGAUUAAUCCCAGCGAUAAUUCAUCGCGAGAAUCUGUCACUGUAAAACAUCAGCAAAUACUAUCGAAUAAUCACCACAAAAAGAACGUAGUAGAGUUAGCGGUACCUGAUGAACAACAUACUGAUUUGUCGGCUAUGGCCCUAUCUGAAAGACCGAAAAGAAAAAUAAAACCAACGGAGAAAGUAGCUACACUGGCCAGUAUUCAUCAUUCAAUAGAUCAUAAUCUUACGAUAGAGAAUAAUUCGAAAAAGCAGGAACGUUGCACAAACGGGAAAAGACAAAAUAGGAGAAGCAGUCCGUAUUGCAAGCAUUGUGAACUGAUCGCGGAAGAAAAAAGAAGAGCUAAAAAUGAAUCGAAGGUCAAGAACGCACUAGAGACAAACGCUUCUAUGACUUCAACUCUAGGCGUGAGUGAGCCGGUCGGUUCGAAACCGAAAGCUCUCAAAGACCAACCAACUAGAAACAGUGGGGGAAGGGAAGGCGUGAAUGCACCAAAACGGCUGUCAACUCAAAGUAAGCGACCUUCAGGAACUGUGGCAUCAAACGAACCUGAAAAGAAGAAACAAAAGUUGAUCGAUUCGGAUCUCCUGUCGAUACCAUCAUCAUUAGCCAUCAUCGUGGACACUGAACUAAUAGCUGCUGAAAACCCAUCUUUGGAUUCGUCUAAUAUCCCGAAGUUUUCCGAAAACGGCCCAACAGUGUCGAUUUGGGAGUCCACAGUCGAUAUUCAAUGGAUAAAAGAUGUCAAAAUUGCUCGAGGUAAGACGAAGAACCGUCAGUUUUUUGGAGUUCCAGUGGCAGAGUAUCCAACAGACAUACCAGUUAUAAACUUCUGGGUAGAUAAUCUUUUCCGUGAAGAAACCACGAAAGAUCGGUUUGCAACUGACUAUAGACGAUAUAUGGCCCAAGGUAGCAAAGCAAGAAAAGAUGGAAAAGCAGGAUACGAAAUUCGUUGA